AACCGAAAACAUCGCCUCUUACAGCUCCGACUAUAUAUAUAUAUAUGUACAUACGAAUGUAUGUAUAGGUUUGUGCAUAUAUAUAUAUAGACUAUAUAUAUAGACUCCAUACUAUAUCAGAAGAGAACAAAAUCUGAGAAUCCAAAUAAACCACCACCAUUUCUUUUUUUUGGUUUUCAACCAAAAUGGAUUCACGGAGAGGAUUUAGGUUGCUAAUCCAGCAAUACAAGGCGCUGUUGAAGAAGAACCUCUUGCUUUCAUGGCGGAACAAGAGGGCGACUAUCCUCCAGCUUUUCUCUUCACUCUUCUUCAUCUUCCUCAUCUUCUGCAUACAGAAGGCCAUCCAAGCCAGCUAUUCGUCAUCGUCUGAUUACAAAAGCACCCCCGAUCCUAAACCUCUGCUUUCGCCUCCAAUUCCUCCUUGCGAGGACAAGUUUUUUAUCAGAUCUCCCUGCUAUGAUUUCGUUUGGAGCGGAAAUGGAAGCGCUAGGAUCAGGAGUAUUGUCAGUGCUAUCAUGGCUAAUAAUCCUGGGAGACCCAUUCCUUCUACCAAGGUCAAGUCCUUUGCAACAAAAGAAGAAGUAGAUACAUGGCUGUUAAGCGAACCAAUGCACUGCCCUGGAGCUUUGCAUUUUGUGGAUAAAAAUGCUACUGUAAUCAGCUACGGUCUACAAACCAAUUCAACUUCAGUUAUGCGUCGAGGAGAGUUUGAAGAUCCCACAUUCAAAUUUCAAAUCCCACUUCAGAUUGCUGCAGAGCGUGAAAUUGCUAGGGCUCUGAUUGGAGUCCCCAGCUUCAGCUGGCUUGUUGCAUUUAAGGUAUUUGCACACCCUGCAAUGGACGUCUUCUCUGCAAUUGAAUCGGUUGGACCGGCAUUUUUCCUUGCAACAGCCAUGUUUGGUUUUGUGUUUCAGAUGAGUUCUUUGCUCACAGAGAAAGAAUUAAAACUCCGACAGGCAAUGACUAUAAUGGGCCUUUAUGAUUCUGUGUACUGGCUGUCAUGGUUCACAUGGGAAGGACUUCUUACAAUUAUCUCAUCGCUUUUCAUACUUCUAUUUGGAAUGAUGUUUCAGUUUGAUUUUUUCUUGAACAACAGCUUCGCGGUUGUAUUCCUUGUGUUCUUUCUAUUCGAACUCAAUAUGCUUGGCUUGGCCUUCUUCUUGUCAGCCUUUCUAACCAAGGCAUCUUCAUCUACGACUAUUGGUUUCUUUAUAUUUAUUGUUGGCUUUGUGUGCCAGCUUGUUACAAUAUUUGGAUUUCCCUAUGCUGAGGGCAUGGCAAAGCCAUUACAAGCAGUCUGGUCAUUAUUCCCGCCUAACCUUCUUGCUGAAGCUCUAAAUUUGCUUUCUGGAGCAACUGCAACUCCCCAAGAUACUGGGAUCAGCUGGAGUAGACGAGGAGAGUGUGCACCGAACGACACCGAAUGUGUGAUUACAAUUAAUGAUAUUUAUUAUUGGCUGUUGGGUACAUUCAUUCUCUGGUUUAUAUUGGCAAUCUACUUGGAUAACAUUAUCCCAAAUGUAUCUGGAGUGAGAAAAUCUGUGUUUUACUUUUUAAAACCUGGGUAUUGGACGGGAAAAGGUGGAAACAAGGUUGAAGAGGGUGGCAUUUGUAGUUGUGGAGGUUCACUUCCACCACUGGAGCAAACACCUCCAGAUGAUGAAGAUGUUCUUGAAGAGGAGAACCUUGUUAAACAACAAGCAAGGGAAGGCAGAGCUGAUCAAAACAUUGCAGUUCAGAUACGUGGCCUUGUAAAAACAUAUCCUGGGACCAAGAAGAAAGGUUGCUGUUGCUGUAAAAGCAAAGAAACUCCGCCGUAUCAUGCUCUCAAGGGUGUAUGGGUGAACUUUGCCAAGGAUCAAUUGUUUUGUCUACUUGGACCUAAUGGAGCAGGGAAAACAACAACAAUCAAUUGUUUGACUGGAAUCACACCCGUGACUGGUGGAGAUGCAUUGAUAUAUGGAAAUUCAAUACGGAGCUCCGUUGGCAUGGGAAAUAUCCGAAAAAUGAUAGGAGUUUGUCCCCAGUUUGAUAUUCUGUGGGACACAUUGUCUGGUCAAGAUCACCUCCAGCUAUUUGCUAGUAUUAAAGGCCUACCCCCAGCUUCAAUAAAAUCGGUUGUUGAGAACUCAUUAGCAGAGGUGAAACUCACCGAAUCAGCCAAAGUGAGAGCUGGUAGUUAUAGUGGAGGAAUGAAACGGCGUCUCAGUGUUGCAAUAGCCCUUAUUGGUGAUCCAAAGCUGGUCAUCUUGGAUGAACCUACAACUGGUAUGGAUCCAAUAACAAGAAGACAUGUGUGGGACAUCAUAGAGGAUGCAAAGAAAGGGCGUGCAAUAGUCCUAACAACACACUCAAUGGAAGAAGCUGAUAUUUUAAGCGACCGGAUAGGAAUAAUGGCGAAGGGUAAGCUCCGCUGCAUUGGAACCUCAAUCAGAUUGAAGUCAAAGUUUGGGACUGGUUUUAUUGCUAAUGUGAGCUUCAAUGGGAACCGCAAUGGACAAACUACUCCCAGCAGGGAUGUAGCUGAUACACCUAAUCAUGACCCCGUGAAGCAAUUUUUUAAACAUCAUUUGGAUGUAUUACCAAAAGAAGAGACCAAAUCCUUUUUGACUUUUGUCAUUCCUCAUGACAGAGAGAAGCUUUUGAAAAAAUUUUUCGCUGAGCUCGAAGAUAGGAAAAGUGAAUUUGGUAUAAGUGACAUCCAACUAGGACUUACAACUCUUGAAGAAGUUUUCUUAAACAUUGCAAGACAAGCAGAGCUAGAAGCAGCCACAGCUGAAGGAAGAUUAGUAACUCUUAAUUUAACAUCCGGACCUUCAGUCGAGAUACCUGUAGGAGCUAGGUUUGUGGGGAUUCCGGGAACAGAAACUGCAGAAAAUCCAAGAGGAAUUAUGGUUGAAGUAUAUUGGGAGCAAGAUGAUACUGGGUCUCUCUGCAUUUCUGGCCACUCAACUGAAACUCCAGUGCCUCCUAAUGUCGAACCAACACCUUCCCCUCUGGCAUCAACUUCACGCAGGAGUCUCCGCAGAGGACAGGUCCAUGGAUUUGUCAUUGACCCCAGUCUAAUUAGUAAUGGUAAUUUUUGAUAGAAAUAUAUGUUGUUUUGGGUAACUAUAUAUAUACAUAUACAUAUAUAUAUAUAUAUAUAUAUAUAUAUAUAUAUAUAUAUAUAUAUAUAUAUUGUAUUUUGUAUUUAUAUAUAUAUAUUGUAUUUUGUAUUUUUGUAUUUUGGUACAAAUUUUAUAUCUUUUUUGGUAACUACUUAUAUAUAUAUAUAUAUAUAUAUAUACGUACACAUUGUAUUUUGUAUUUUGGAGACUUUUUUGUAUUGCAUUUUGUACAAUUUUUUGGUACCAUUUUUGACAAUGUUUCAGAACGUUGAAUUUUUAUACAUAAUUUUGUAAUAUAUUGAGAUUAUUCGAGUGAGUUUAAAUAUCUAAUUAAUGCCUAUAAUCAAGCUAAGGUGCACCAUUUGGAUCAAAACAAGAAAAUUUUCAAUGAAACGUUUGGAAUUACAGGAUCAAUUGCUAAUACAUCAGUUAUGCUGAUAAAAAUUCAUAGAUUAAUUCAUCAACGAUAAAUCUAUAACACAUUGUAAAUAGAAUGCAAAUCAAUCGUAAGAAGAUAAAUUUGUCUUUCAAUUCAAAAUGUUUUCAUAUAUACCAUUGUAUUUUCAUUGCUAAGGCCAAACCAAGAUGGAAAUUACUUGAAAGGACAUCUCAAAACGAAAUGAGUCUAUCCUGGAAUAACAUAAACAAACAUGAAGGUGCAUUUAAAAUAACAAUCACCAUACAAUACACCACGAACCUCCAUAAACCAUGUCAACACCAACCACGGCUUAGAAUGAACAAAAGGAAGAGCAGCACUAUAAAACUUAGAAACCCUAUGAUGUACAUUCACUCCCAAACACCCCAAAUGCAGGAAAAUCAUAAUGAAUCUUUGCCCCACACAACCAUCUAAACUUCUAUAGACCCAGUUUUACAGUUUCACAACACCUUUUUUUUUUUUUUUU